AUGGCAACAAUGGAAACUUACUACAGAAAAAGAUCCAAAAAAGCCAUUCAAGCCAACCUCGAAAUGGAUUACCUGAAAGGGCAAAAGCAAGGCAGUGUCGCCUGCGCAGACACUCCAGCUUUGGCCAGACAUGACAACCAACCUCUUCUGCCCACAUCUGAUCGCUGUACCCUAAAACGCAAUGCAGACCAUGAAAUUCUGCAGAAUGCAAAGAUGAAUAUUGAGAUGGGUUCUAUUUACGAGAUUGAUCAUAUGUAUUUGCCUCCUAGGACCCCAGUUCAACUCAAGUCCAUCCGAGUUGCUAUGGUGAGCGAGAGAACUGUAUUGAAUGUGGCAGUGAGGUACCCGAGCAUGCAGUCACUACAAACAUACUUCAGCAAUAGCAAACGAGAGAUGUAUCCAGCUUUUGAUGAGAAGUUCGUAAUGGGAACAGCUCUGGCUAGUAAAGUGCUUCUUCGUCAAGUUCCUUCUCAGGAGUUUGCCGAGAAGAAACAUCUUCAUAGCUUUUGGUUAGUCAACUAUACUACUUUGGGCGCUGUUCCUGCUGCAAAGAAUGGCAUCUGCUUAUCUCAGCUCAAGGUCAAUGUAAAGCAAGAAGAUGAAGAAGCAGAAGAGGACGAUGAUGAGGAAGCUGUAACAGAAAAGACUAACAAGAAUCUAAAGAGAAAGAGGUAUAGCUUUAGAGCAACUACAGUAAAGAAAAAGGCAAAGACAACAAGGGGUCCUGAGAAGAAAAAUAAGAUUAAGAAGAAAAACAAAUGCAGGGUUUUGUCAGUAUACAAAGACCCCAAAGACCGUUGGUCUGCUGAGAGGUACGAGUUGGCGGAGAAAAACUUAAUGGAGGUGAUGAAGGCAAAGGGAGCAACGGCUAAUAACCCUAUUAUCAGGCCAGAGUUGAGAGCAGAGGCGCGGAAGCGCAUUGGAGAUACGGGCCUUCUGGAUCAUCUGCUCAAGCACUUGGCUGGUAAGAUUGCACCUGGAGGAACUGAACGUUUUCGCCGUCGUCACAAUGCUGAGGGAGCAAUGGAGUAUUGGCUGGAGAGUGCUGACUUAGUCAACAUCAGGAAGGAGGCUGGUGUUAAUGAUCCUUAUUGGAUUCCCCCACCUGGUUGGAAGCUUGGAGACUCCCCCAUUCAACACCCCAUUUGUACUCAGGAAUUCAAGCACCUGAAAGAUGAGAUUUUUGUACUCAAAAGAGACUGGGAGGAAAUGGCGAGUUCCAAGGAACAGUUGGAAGAAGAAGUUGGAAGACUGAAAAGAAGGAUUGAGGAGCUUGAAUUCAAGAAGAAGCAAAGCCAAGCUAUUGAGACGGCAAAGACAAUGGAAAAGUACAAGAAGCAAUUAAUGAUGACCACUUCAGAUUUUAUGGCCAAAAUGGAGGAAAAGUGUCUGAGCCUAGUGUCUAAACUGGAAGAAAAAGAAAAGUCAAUCUCCACAUUAAUGUUGUCGACAGAAGAAAAGAAAAAGCAAGUGGAACCAGAGAAACAGGGAGUGCAAGAGGUAGUAACAGUGGGAGAAAAGAAGAGAUCAAAAGUAGCUGAUGAUCAGAGCAAGGAGGUAAUAGCAGUUGAACCCAAGCUGAAAGCAGCCACAAAAGCACAAAAAACUACUCCAACAGCUGAGGAAAAAGCUGCCAAGAUACAAAGACUUAAGAGUGGCUUCAGGAUCUGCAAGCCCCAAGGUAGUUUCCUCUGGCCAAACAUGGUUCGCAACAACAAGAACAAUGGUGGCAACAUGUCCAAUCAGGUUAUGGUCCUGGUUGAAGAUGUUCAUAUGGUCCCAACACCACCUUCAGUCUCUUCUUCCACUGCCAUAGCAGCUCCUUCACUGCUGCCUUACUAUCAGCAUAAUAAGCAGCAGAAGCCAGUUUCCCCUGUCAAGCCUGUCCCCGAAAGACGAGCUGUCACUGUUACUGUCUCCACCAUCUCUAGUGAAACUCGCUAUGAAGCUGGGGAUAACAAUUACUCUACUAGCAACAAGACAACCACUUUGAUCAACUUAAAUGAUGUCCCUUUUAGCGCUGGUGAAGGAUUUCAACAAGCCCCAACAUCAAGGCAAACUAUAACCACAACUACUGUCAUGCCUCAUACAUUGUCCUCUCCUGUGAAUGGAGACAGGAUGAGUAAACCAUGGCAAGCUUCAAGAGAUGACAGGGCUAGCCAGGUGGCCCUGAGUGGGAAGGACUCAGGUCAGCAACAAGCAAGCAAAUGCUGCUCUUCUUCAGCCACAUCCUUGCCCCAGGGAGCUGCAAGUUGGUUAGUUCUGGCUACUCCAAGCAACACUGACGCCUCAGAUGAGUCCAUCAUUGGAUGA